CCCAAGGUAGCCAAAAAGUCCAAACUCCGCCAUCGUUCGAGUUUCUUGUUCGGUCGCCACGACGCCAUCGCGUCUUGUGUUUUUUUUUCUCCUCCGGCGUCUGUCUUUUUAUGCAUUUCUACUACUGCGAGGUUGAUUUAAACUGUGUUUGCAUUUGGUUGCAACCUCGAAGCAUAUUCUAGAUCAGUUUGCAAACCGGUUUUCGUUUCGUUUCCUUGCGUCUAAGCCGACUUUUCGACAAUAACCCCCCGACCCGAAUGCGAUCGACUGGCUGUGACUCGAGUUUAGAGGCCAAUCGAGCGGGUCCAAGCUCAAGGUCGUUGGGCAACCCGUCGCUUCUUCUGCGUGUACUUUCCUGAGCUUUUGAAGUUAUACCGACAGAACAUUGAAUUGACGGGUCAAUACAAACGCACCGUAACACUAUACGACCCUACUUCUCCACGAUGCGGCCACCGAGGGUGGUCAUACUCGUCUUCUUCUUCUCAGCCGCCCUCUUCCUAUUCUGCCGGUCCAUCACGUCAUUCGCACAACGAAAAGGCGAAUCCGAAGGGUCGAUAGCCUCACCAAUACCAGAACAGCCGCCAGCCAAAUCCAAGCUCCGAUCGUUCUUUUCCCUUUCGACGCCCUUCUCACUGUUCCCUCCGAAUGCCAUAAUCUCUCUGACCGACGACAACAGUACCUCAUUUCAGGCUCGGCCGGCCGCUUUUGGGCCACAGUUGCCACACAAGGGCCUGAGCGGUCAGCUUUGGAUUGGGAGCGGCUUUGCGGACGACAAUCUGCCCGAAGGCGAAGGUGAAGGCGAGCUCGGCUGUAGCGAUGUGCCAGGCUGGGAGGAUGGAGCUGCGGGGCUAGCUGCACUAGCUGGUAUGAAGCCUAUAAAGAAGGGGGGCUUCACAAAGAGCACGAAACUCGGGGCUGGAGAUAUCAAGUCGUCCAAGAACUCUAAGAGAGACGUUGGCAACCUUGGUGGCCCCGCUGUAAACCGCAAGACCAAGUCGAACAGCCGUGAUGAUGCAAAGAAGAACCGACCCUUUGACGACGGCACAGAUGAUUAUCUUCACCAGGGAUUCCAGCGAUCCUCGCCGUUGCGUGGUGACAAGUCACAGUCGCACUCCGACAUCCAGUCCAUGCAGGAGACGGCAGAGAUCACCGGCAAGGUGGUUUUGCUUAGCCGAGGAGGUUGCGGUUUCCUUGAGAAGGUCAAGUGGGCUCAGCGCAGAGGUGCUGUUGGUGUCAUCGUGGGCGACAACACCAAAGGCGGCCCGUUGAUUCAGAUGUUCGCCAGAGGCGAUACGUCCAACGUGACGAUCCCCGCCAUCUUCACAUCGCGCACGACGGCCCACAUUCUGUCCUCACUGAUGCAGCCCGGCAGCUUCAUCGAGGACAUCAUCGAUGAGAAGGGCAAGGCCGUCGUCAAAGUUCAGCAGACCGAGAAGGGUCGCAAAACACGUCACCAAGCCAACAAGGCAGAGGUUGUCAAGAAAGAGCUGCCUAGAAAGGACGUACCAAAAGCCACUACGACCACUACGACCACUGCUCCGACGUCUCCAGCCAAAUCACGAGGCUGGUUGAGCAGCUUCUUCCGCUGGAGCGCUGAUGUCGAGACGGUGGAAAAGACUAAUUCCCGUGACUGGGUGUUGGUGGACGAUUGGAGUGAUGAGAAGGACACUCAAAUCAGAGCCAGCAUGGAAAAGGCUGCGAAGAAAGGCCAGGAUGGUCUGGGGAACACAUUGGACAACUCGAAUUCGGAUGCGCAAGGCCAGCACUCCGAUAGCAAAUCAGGCACCGGUAAAGACAAAGACAAAUCAUUCAAGGAGGCAACAUUGACUACCGGUGUUACUCCCAGCAGCGGCCAGUAUGCCCCGGAGGUUGCAAAGCAUGGCAAACUCAAGGGUAAAAUGUCCAACAAGGCGGACUCGUCAAGUGCAGCGUCACAUGGAUCUUUCGUUGGCAGCAUGUUUAGGGGCGAGAAGUCAGGAAACUCGAAGGCCGAGGAAAAUAUGGCUGCCGAAACCCCCGAUGGCGCUGAUCUACCUGAACACCGUGAAGGACUCUGGGUUACUAUCACACCCACAGCCAGCGGAAGCCCUUUCUUUGACACACUCCUUGUUCUCGUGGUUAGCCCAUUGAUCACACUGAGUGUAGUAUACGCUCUGCUCAUUCUUCGUGCUAAGCUCAGGAGGCGACGUUGGCGCGCACCAAAGUCUGUGGUGGAGCGGUUGCCCGUUCGUACAUAUCACACAGUCGCCUCGUCUUCCAACCCCUCGAGGCUGCCAUCCCCGACGAGCUCGUCCCCGACUACGCCGUUAUUACAACAGCAGCAGCAGGUGCAGCCAUCGACUACAACAUUACACGUGGCUUCAUCUUCCCCUUCAUCUUCACGGUCGCGACCUCGAUCCCGCACCACUAACGAUGUUCCCGAUUCGAGCGAUGGUAUGUUGAGGGUCGACCCGGAUCUGCAAACGCCACGAACUCCAUCCCGGACUAGUAGGCGGAAAUCGCCACCCCAAUUAUCAAGCGAAUGGAAGAAGUAUAUGAGCAGACAGGUUGAAUGUGUGGUGUGCUUGGAGGAGUAUGUCGAUGGCGUCAGCAGGGUCAUGAGCCUCCCUUGCGGCCACGAAUUCCACGUGGAGUGCAUCACACCGUGGUUAACCACCCGCCGGAGAACAUGCCCCAUCUGCAAGGGUGAUGUUGUCAGAUCCCUAGCCCGUGGCUCGCCAACCAGUCCCCGUUAUGACCCGUACGACGAAGAGAGCGAUGACGAAGGCGAGGUUUUGGCAUCCACAAGUGACGACAGCAGACCAGCAUCGCCUACACACGACCACGAUGUAGAGCGGGGGAUUCUGUCUUCGCCAAGUCGCAGCUCUGGACGUGGUUCAGGUCGUAGUGGUCGGGGCGGCUUGUUUGGCCUGAUCUCAACCACCUGGACCACACUUAGGUCUGCAUCGCGAACUGAUUCCGAAAGGAACAAUCGGGAUGACCGCCGUAUUCGAUGAAUGGUAAUUCAAGGAAGCAACACCUAUUCUUUUCCUGUCCCUACAUGUUCGACAUAAUCCUCUUUUUUCACUUUCCUACUAUUCAACGCUUCCAACUACAACACCGCUCGGUAUUAUCAAUUUUUUUUUUUUGUUUUCUGUCACGUUUUGCAUUGGGGUGCAUUGAGCUUUGCGGUUAAUAUGGAAUGGUGGGCGCCAUUGGGGGGACAAAAAAGGACUUCUCUACACUCGCUACAUCUACUGAUUUGAUUCGUUUGGUGUUAUUUGGGAGUCUGGCCAUCCGCAUUUCUUUGUCAUUGUUUUUGUUUGUUGCUUCUGGGGAGUGAUGGGGUCUGGUGAAGAGAACCAGUUGCCGAGAGAACGAGAGGAGGACAUGAGAAGCAAACGUGUAAGAAGAAUUAUUAUACCCACUGUGUCAGCAGAUGGCCUAGGCCACGUCUUGGUAUAUAAGAAACUGCUUGGUACGAAGAAUAAACCCAUAGUCAUAUACUGUAGCAAUUUGGACAGAGGCAGAUUAUGGUAAAUAUCUGCACCAACCUUGUGAAACAGCUUGUAUGGAAAGGAG